AUGCACACCGAAUUCCAAACAAGCGUCUUAAAUCAGCUGCCCUGCGAGACGAUGCCCCUGUCUUUGAAACAACAACAACCUGCUGAUGAUCUUAGCAUCAUCCACAACUUGCCCGUAGGCGAAGUGAUGAAGCAAAAGCUUGAAGCUCGCUCAGCUCUCAAAUGGGAAUCUGAUCAAGAGAAUGCCUUUUUCGUUGCUGAUCUUGGCGAGGUGUAUCGUCAACACUUGCGCUGGAAGUCCUUGCUCCCUCGCAUUGAACCUUUCUUUGCCAUUAAAUCAAACCCCGAUCCUAUGGUUGUAAAGUUGCUAGCUGCUCUUGGUCUUGGUUUUGAUUGUGCCAGCAAAUCUGAGAUUCAACAAGUGCUUCAACUUGGUGUUGAUCCCGAGCGCAUUAUUUACGCCAACCCUUGCAAGCAAGCAUCCUUCAUUCGCUAUGCUGCCCAACAACAUGUUGCCAAGAUGACCUUUGACAAUGCCGAGGAGUUGCACAAGAUCAAGCUUUUGUAUCCAAACGCCGAAUUGGUGCUGCGUAUUUUGACUGAUGAUAGCAAGUCCCUUUGUCAACUUGGUCUUAAGUUUGGUGCACCUAUGGAACGUGUUGCUUCCCUUUUGCAAACCGCAAAGGAUCUUGAAUUAAAUGUUAUCGGUGUCAGCUUCCACGUGGGCAGUGGCUGCUUGGAUGAAAAUGCAUUUUCCGAUGCAGUGAUCCGUGCACGUAAAGCAUUUGACAUUGGCCAAGAAAUGGGUUUCAACUUUACUCUUUUGGAUGUUGGCGGUGGUUUCCCUGGUGCUGAUGUGCAAGAUGGCAUUACUUUUGAAAAGGUUGCCGCAGUGCUUGGACCUGCUGUCGAUGCCAUGUUCCCACCCGAAAUUCGCGUGAUUGCUGAACCAGGUCGUUACUUUGUUGCUUCUGCUUUCUCUAUUUGCACAAGCGUCAUUGGUCGUAGAACCAUUGAAUCAGAGCAAGGCAACCAAUACAUGUAUUACGUCAACGAUGGCAUGUAUGGUUCUUUCAAUUGCAUCUUGUUUGAUCACCAAGAAGUGUAUCCCCAGGUGUUGAGCCGCGGUGACAGCUAUCAGUAUGGUAUCAAGUCCACCGAACCCAAGUUUACUUGCAGUGUAUGGGGUCCUACGUGUGACUCGAUUGAUUGUCUUGCCAAGGAAACCAAGCUUCCUUUGCUUGAAGAUGGUGACUGGAUCUACUGGGAAAACAUGGGUGCAUACACCAUUUGUGCUGCUUCGCAAUUCAAUGGUUUUAGAAAAUCUGAAGUUCUUUACACCAACACCUAUCAAUAG